AGUGGGGAACACAAGUGUCAAAUACGAAAAACUAAUCAAUACAACAGCCCACUCGUAAACACUUUAAAAGUUGUUAAAAGUUGUCCUGCUAAGAUUUGUGUCCUGCUAAAAGUUUAUUUAGGUUCAGUGGUAAAUUUCUAGUGAUUCAGUGUUACCUCUGGCCUCCGGGAAUCCACGUUCGUGCGUCGCGCGACUUACAAAAAGUGAGAGGUGGCGAGGUUACCGCACGCAGAUAACAACAAAUCAGAGAGCGGCGAAUUAAUCCAGCGAACAAGUCAGUUUGCUGUCCCGCGUUGUAGCACCAGCACGUCGACAUGGCCAGCGGAAGGAUCGUUGUGUACGGAGGCCGCGGGGCGCUGGGCGCCGCUUGCGUCAAGUACUUCAAGGAGGCCAACUGGUGGGUCGCGAGCGUAGACCUCAGCCCCAACGACACCGCCGACGUCAACAUCACCGUGCCCAAAGAUGCCUCGUGGGUGCAGCAAGAGGAACACGUCGUGAACGAGCUUGGCCAAGCUCUGCAAGGUCAGAAAGUGAAUGCAGUCAUCUGCGUCGCCGGCGGCUGGGCCGGCGGAAACGCCGCCAAGGACCUCAGCAAGCAAGCCGACUUGAUGUGGAGGCAAUCUGUGUGGAGCUCCACCAUUGCUGCCACUCUCGCUGCCAAGUACCUCAACACCGGAGGACUGCUUGCUCUAACGGGUGCUAAAGCUGCACUAGAAGGAACCCCCGGCAUGAUUGGAUACGGCAUGGCCAAGGCGGCUGUCCAUCAACUGACUAAAUCACUUGGUACUAAGGACUCAGGAUUGCCCGAAGACUCCCUGGCAGUGGCUAUUAUGCCUGUGACAUUAGACACUGAGAUGAACAGGAAAUGGAUGCCGAAGGCUGACUUCAGCACCUGGACACCGCUGCCCUAUGUGGCUCAGAUGUUUGACAAGUGGAUCAAGGGAGAAGACCGUCCCAAGAGUGGAAGUCUGGUUGCACUGGUCACCAAGAACAAUGUCACUGAUUUGAUUGUGGAGUAAAAGUGUUGUUUCUCAAAUGGUAUACCUAAUAAUGGCCUGAUAUGAUGUGUUUAUUGCAUGUGAAUGUGAUGUAAACUGUCCUGUAUAUGUGUCUAUAAAAAUGUUUUAGAAACAAAAAAGAUGCUAGAUAAUGAGCUGAUUAAUUUAAAUAUUGAUUUAAGUUAUUAUGUAAGACAAUAAGUGAGCAAUCUCACAAUGUUAGAUAUGUAACUGAAUACAGUAAAAAAUGCAAUAUCUGCAUGUUUAAAUAAUGUAACAUGAGUGUAUUAUAAAUAUAUUUAAUGUUGUUGAAAAUGAA